AUGAAAAUAGCUGCCCAGUGUCAUGGAGUGCCUUUGACAGUUGGGGUGGUUGGAGGCAUUCUUGUAGAUUUAUUUGUCAAAACACGUGCAUCCCGUCUUUUGAAAACGUUAUGGAAGGAUGUGUCUGAUAAUGUGAGCAAGUUUGCGCAGAAUAACGAGGAGAAGAGCAUAUCAGAAGCUGUCGAGUUGAGCUACAAAAAAUUGCCUGCUCACUUAAGAGAAUGCUUUCUCUAUAUGGCUGUGUUUCCUGAAGAACACGUGAUCCCAGCUUGGAUGCUGACACGCUUGUGGAUUGCAGAAGGAUACGUGCGGCCUAAAAUAGGAAGUUUGGAGGAAGCCGCAGAGCAAAAUUUAAAUGAUCUUGUCAAUAGGAACUUACUCAUGCUUGAUCAUACAAACCUAAUGGGUGAAAUAAAAACAUGUCGUGUUCAUGAUAUGAUUCGCGAAUUUUGCAAAGACAGAGCUGUGGAGCAGAAGUUAUUCCAAGAGAUAAGGAAAAAUAAGGGAGUAUUUGAACCUCCAGUUUCUGAGGUCCAAAAGUUCCACCGUCUUUGUUUCCAUUCCGAUGUCCCCACAUUCUUCAAAACAUUCCUUGAUUGGAAGCAUAUGUCCGCAUUGUCUGAGAUCCAAAGCUUGGAGGUUUUGAAGCUGAAAGAAAAUGCAUUCAUUGGAACCUCCUGGAAUGCCGCUGCUAGCAUUUUCAAAAAUCUGCAAGUCUUGGUCAUCAUAGAUGCAGAUAUAGUUUUGUGGGUGGUUUCAACUAACAGUUUUCCUUGUCUUGGCUGCGUUGUGCUUAAGAACUGUGACAAACUGGAACACAUUCCAGUUGAGUUAGGCCAGAAGUUGAAGUUUAUGGAGAUUGAGCGCAUCCACAGAUCAGCAGUUGAAUCAGCCAAGAGGAUCGAGGUGGUAAAAAGGGAGGAGGAGGAGGAGCGGAGACCCAAAGAGCGGGUUCAGUUCAAGCUCCAAAUCGGCCCUGGAUGUGGGAGGGGACCUAACUGA